AUGGCCCCCCUACCGUCCUGGCCACCAGCUCUUGAAGACGAACAGCAACAGGAGCUUUCCAGUCUGGCUGCGACUUGGGCCUUGUCUCAUGUAAUGGGCAAUGACGGGGGCGUGAGCGACGUUGAUCCAUUCACCCGAGAUUUGUGGAAUGCUUGGAAGGCUGUGAGAGAUAUUCCCGAUCAGCAACCCCUUCAUCUCGGAUUAUUUCGUUCCGAUUACAUGUUGCAUCAAUAUGACGGGGGCAAUUUAGAUAUCAAACAAGUAGAAUUCAACACCAUUUCAUCUUCAUUUGGACCACUGUCUCACCAGGUUUCGGCACUGCAUAGGACCGACAGGUAUCUCGCGGUUUCGACCGGUUAUUUCGGGGUCUCGCCGCACCUCGACCCUUCUAAUUUUCCGGAAAACAGCACUCGUAGCGGCUUGGUCGAGGGACUUGUAGCCGCUCAUACAGCAUACAAUAACCCAAGCGCUCGUAUUCUUUUCGUGGUUCAGCCAAAUGAACGCAAUAUGUUCGACCAGAGAUGGCUUGAAUAUGAAAUUUUAGACAAGUAUGGAAUACAUGUGAUCCGACAUACUCUAGAAACGCUUUCUCUUUGUGCAACUUUGGAUAAGGAUUCAAGUUUACUUGUCAAAGCAUCUCAGAACUGGAGCUCGCAACCUUCUGAAAUUUCCGUCGUCUACUUUCGAGCAACUUACACCCCAAACGACUUCAAAUCAUCCACCGAUUGGGAUACUAGGAUUCUCCUCGAGAAGAGCCGUGCUAUAAAAUGCCCCUCACUCCCACUUCAGCUUGCUGGUGGGAAAAUGAUCCAGGCGGUUCUCGCUGCUCCGGGCGUGCUCGAACGCUUCAUCGGUCGUACAGAGGAAGAGAAGGAAUGGAUACCAGAGAUCAGGAAUAGCUGGAUGGAGAUGUGGCCCUUGGCUUCAUCCUCAGAGACCUCUGAUUUUAUUUCGUCUUUGAAGACUGUCGCAAUCUCAAACACAGUAAAUCCACUACCCUCGGCAGGUCAUUCCGGAAUCACACGUGCAUCAGAGCUUUAUUCUCAGCUAGUACUAAAGCCACAGCGUGAAGGGGGUGGCAAUAACGUUUAUCACGAUUCAAUUCCCCCUUUCCUUAAAAGUCUCGAAGCGAACCUUGAAGAAGCGCGGGCGUGGAUUGCUAUGCGGCUGAUACAACCACCCAAGUCUGGAAGCGAGAACUACUUGGUAGGCGCUGGUACUUCGAAAGCGCUGAAGAAAGAUACAGUAAGCGAACUUGGAAUAUUUGGCUGGUCGCUUUUUGGAGGUCCGGGAACCAUUGUGGAUGAAAAGACUGUUGGCUGGUUGGUCAGAACGAAGGGCCGGGAGAGUGAUGAAGGCGGUGUGGCAGUAGGAUACUCGCCGGGACCUUACACAUUCCGCAAGGUACAUCUGAAUAGACUUGUGAAAUAUAGAGCUGGAGGUAUGCAACCAUCGUUUGGAUCGGAUGAGCCCAGCGACGCGCGUAGGGGCCGGAAACGCGGGUCAUUUACUCAAAAACAAUUUACUUUUCGGGGUAUGCGUGGCACAAAUCCCACCAUGGAUAGCCAAUCUAAUUCUCCUCGCACGGCGCCCACCACUGCAGUGGCCUACCCGGGCUGUGAUAAUCCGUACACCAGCCCUUCUGAAAGUCUCUCUUAUUCUAUCUAUGCAUGGCACGAACAGGAUGGACAUUGUUAUCGCACGCCAGCAGCAGUUGAAGCCCCAUCACGGAGAGAUGCAUCAGAGGCUCAUCUACAUGACAUCCUACCUAUUCCAGAAUCUUUUGAUUUCAUCGAUAUACCCGAGGGUCUCCCUUCCUCCCCCCAAAGUAUUACACAUGAUUAUUGGGCAUUGCGUACAAGACAUCCAGAUCGCCCCAGUCCCCAUAUUUCGACCUACAUGCCCGAUGAAUUGAUCCAAGACCGAGACGAACACCUUACGCCUAUAGAUUCGUACAGAAUACCUGAGUCUUACGAUUUUACUGACCUGGAUCUUCCAUCUACAACUAUCCUCCACGAGAGUUCGGAAUACGAAGCCUAUUAUUGUGAAUCGCCCAUAUCAUUGCUCACUUAUCGGAGCUCGCGUGGUAGAUCUCGGGCGGAGUCGCGUUUUUUCCCGAAGUUCACGAUGAGGCAACAGCAAAAACAACAGGACAAGCAAGAACCCAAGAAUAGUCCCACUACAAUUAUGGACAAAAUGGAAGACAGUGAUCGGCUCUACAGGCGGCGAUCUGGGCCUACACCUCCCGUAUCCGCUACCGCCACGAUCUCGGUAGAUGGGACCCUCGACAGUCCUUAUUAG